AUGGACAAAAAGUUUGAAGUAUUAGUUGAUAGCGCAAUAGAAAAGUUUACAAUGGUUGGUGUUGAUGUUAAAGGUGUGCUUGUCUGUGAUAAAAGUGGAUUAAUAUUGACGAGUAAAGAUAUUUCAAUCUCUCCUGGACCAGUCGCAUGUCUUGCUGAAUUAGCAGCAACUUUAUCAGGUCGAAGAACAACUGUUUGUCUUGAACAUAAUGAAAAUCAAGUACUUAUUCAUCAAACAGAUAAAGCUGUUGUUGCUGUCUAUACAAACAAUGCUGCAUGA